CAACGCUGAGCUCGCCGCAGUUUCUAUUAACUCGACUUAUAUGCUUUUAGCCUAUCUAGCUACUUCCGAGAGGGAAGCAUUUCUCUGCUGCACAUUUCCUGUUUCCUAGCAACAAGCGCAAUGUGGAAAUGGGGAUGGAUGAAAAAAAGACAAUUGGAAAAAGGGGGUUGCCCUUUACACAAUAAUAACCUUUUUUUUUAAAGAAUGAAUGGAAAUAUAUCUUUGGAGGAUGGAAUUGAACCAGUACUGCAACAGCUCUAUUUGCCAGCUUCUCCUAAAAUCAAGCCACUCUCCUAAGUGUGUGGAACUGGUUCUCAACAUCUUCUACUGUGUUACCUCCCUGGACACUCCUUGGAACUUAUCUUAAAGAACUAUCUUUCUUGUAUACGGACAAUACCAGGCAUCUAAUGCAUUUCCCUCCUGCAUAUUCAUACACUUUGUGUCUGGUGCUCUUUAUUCAAUCGCUAUCUUGUAAUGGCACUGCAAAACACUGGCAGGAAAAAAGUUUUCCCUUGCAAACAAUGUGGCAUUGUAUGUCCUAAUAUGCCCAGUCUGCUUAAGCACAUGGAUGCUCAUCUUGAACAAGAGGAAGAACGCAAAUUUAAAUGUGAUGAAUGCGGACGUGGUUAUAGGCAUGCAGGUAGCUUAGCUAACCACAAAAAGACUCACGAAGUAGGUACUUUUCAAUGUAACAUCUGUGGUAAAGAAAACUCUAAUGCUUUGGCCCUGAAGAGUCAUCUCAGGAGCCACACUUCACAGAAAAAGUACUCCUGUGCCGAAUGUGGGAAAGGUUUUCGUCUGGCAACGCAGCUGACUACACAUGAGAAUGUUCAUCUUGCCAGGCGAGUAAAGGAGCAGUCGUUUAGAAAGGUAGAUAUGGACUAUUCCACACAUGAAGUUGAAAAUGAUCACCCACAUCAUCUCAGUGAGCAGUCUGCAAGUGUUGGGACUUCUACAGAAAAUAGCCCAGCUGAGGACAAGACAGGGGUUGUUUAUAAUGCAGAAUCUGAGACUUCUGAGGAUGCAGCAAAUCGACCUUUCAGAUGUGAUUUGUGUGACAAAUCAUACAUACACCAUCGAAGCCUGACCAAUCAUAAAAAGACUCACCAAGUGGGAAUGUUUGAGUGCACAGUGUGUUUCAAACUGUUUAAUAACAUGGCUGCACUCUACAGCCACCAGAGAUCUCACAAGGCAAGAAGUGUGACAGACCCUGAUUCAAUGGGUGGGUCACACACCGGCGUACCACCGGACCAGUUUUCACCUCAGAGCCAGGAUGAUCCAGGAAAUUUUUGCCAUUUGUGUCAGGUACUAUUCCCCAAUGAUGAAGAGUUCCAGGAACACAUCCAAAUGCAUAACUCUUCAUCUCGGUCGUUUGGCCUUCAAGAUACCGUGUCAGAGAACCAUAAUAUAUCAUAUGACAGCAGUAUUGCUUCGCCUGAGUCAAAUUUUUAUGCAUCUCCUAUAAAUAAUGUUCCCUCAGUAUCCUCAAUAGAUAAUCAUUUAGGCUUUGAUCAGCCACAGGAGCAGAUUAUAAGUAACAGUCAGGUGUACUCUGACUGCUCCAACAAUCAAACACCACCUUCCAGUAGCACUCAGGGAGAACCCCCAAUCAUAGACACGAGCAUUCUUAAUCCUGCCCUGAAGCACGCUCAAAACACUGACCGUGCAACUGAAAUGGAAGAGACUUCAACUGUAGAUUCCGACGAGCGUCCCUUCAAGUGUCAUAUAUGCGGUAAAAGCUACCGGCACUCUGGGAGCCUCAUCAACCACAAAAGGUCACAUCAGGUUGGGAUUUACCAAUGUUCUUUCUGCAGAAAGAGCUAUCCUCACCUGGCUGCCCUCAAAAGUCAUCUUCGUCUCCACAAAGCUCAGUCAUCUUUUGGCCUCAACGAUGAGGGAGACUGGCUCUCCUCAGAGCCUCUGACUCUGGAUAACCAGCAGGGCAGCUUCUCCUCUCAAGAUGAGGAGGAGGAGGAGGAUGAGGAGGAGGAGGAGGAGGAGGAUCACGCUCUCCCUGUGCUUGGUAUGGAUCAGGAGAAUGGAGUUGAACACAACAAUGGAGCUUUGUACCAUGAGCAUUUUAAUCAGAACUUUUCCCAGGAUAUGACUGUGCAUCUACCUCACAACGAACACCUGAUGCAGAGACACAUGUGUGCAGACUGUGGUGAAACAUUUGCAGAUAUUGCAGGGAUUAAGUCUCACAGUUGCCCACUGCUACAGCAGCAACAUGACACUACUAGCAGUGACUAUGGCAGUAAUAUACAUUUCCAGGACAGUGAUCACUGUGCCAUUGGAAAUCCAGGAAGUAAUGUUGAGUUCCAUGGUCUGAAUGAAAGCCACGGCCAAAGUUACUUUGAACAGAACUUCCGUGACAAUAUGAACAGUGAUCAGUUGAAUGGUGGCGGAGAAGGUGAUAAUGCUGAGGAGGAGGAUGAUGAUGAUGGAGAUCUUUAUCAGUGUUCUUUAUGUGGAAACAGCUACACUAGCAUGAUGGCUCUCAGGAGCCAUCUCCGAGGCCACACACAGUCCCACGAUACUCCUGCAAGCUCAGGGCCUUCCUCCAUGUCCUCCCAUGAAGAAGUGAAAGAUGAUGAGACCGGAGAGAUGAUGAUCUGUAGCACAUGUGGGGAAAGUUUUGCCAAUAGGCAGGACCUGAUAACUCAUCAGCUUCUACACAACAAGGACCAGGUAGAUAAUGCUACUCAUUUACAUAUGAACAACAGUGAUGUUCCUGGAGGCAAGGAGGAAGCACAGAGUAUCAUCUGUGGCAGCUGUGGCAUCUUCUGUACCAGCUACCAUAAUCUUGAGAACCAUGGUUGCACAGCUGAGAGGACAGAUGAGUCCACACAUGGUAAAGAGGAAAUUAAUGUAAAUCAUGUUGCCCAGUAUGAAGAUACGAGUCACGUCAAAGAAACUGUUGAUGCCGAAGAUCGUCAGUACAAAUGUGAUCAGUGUGGGCGUUCAUACAGACACGCAGGCUCCCUGCUUAACCACAAAAAGUCCCACAAAACCGGUGUAUUCAGAUGCCUCGUCUGCCAGAAGCGCUUCUACAACCUGUUGGCCCUUAAAAACCACCAGAGGUCCCACUUUGAUAUUAAGAGGCAUACUUGCAAUGAGUGUGGAAAAGCCUUCAAAAUUCAGAAGCAGUUACUGAAUCACCUGAAAAGGCACAAAGAGAACCAAGCUAAAAUCCAGGACCUCAACAACCAGAUCCAGGCCCUCAUGCAGAUGAAUGGGCCCAGGUCAGACGGAGAAGUGCAGUCCUUAACUUCAAAUGCCAAUCAGGCUUUUACUUCGUCUCGGCACUGCAAGCAGCUGCCUGGAAGGAAGAGAGGACAAACAAAGCGUGAGACUACAGUCAAAUUAGAGGAUGCAGGUGACCAACGGCCUUUUGCCUGUGACCAGUGUGGGCGUACAUACCGCCACGCAGGAAGUCUGGUCAACCACAGGAACUCCCAUAAAACAGGUGAAUAUUACUGUUCAGUUUGUAACAACACUUACUCCAAUCAACUAGCAAUGAAGAACCACUUGCGCACCCACUUUGCAUAUAAAAAGCACUCUUGCCAAAACUGUGGAAAAGGCUUUAGGGGAAAGAAGCAGCUAUUGGCCCAUGUUUGUGCAGGCAUCAGAAAGGAUGGGGCCGCAGGCAGGAGGGGUCUAAAAUCUAGAGCGUUUAAGUGUAAGGAAUGUAAGCAGGUCUUUCUCUCUGUUGACCAACUGACAGCCCACACCUGUGAUGGACCAUCAGGCAGCAUUGAUGCACAAAGAAACGUGUCUCCAAAUAAAGUGGAGCGCCCUUUCACGUGCAACAUAUGUAAUCGCAGCUACCGUCAUGCAGGCUCACUCCUGAACCACAAAAACACCCACAAGACAGGACACUUCAGUUGCACCUUCUGCUCUAAGCCCUUCACUAACCCCAUGGCUUUACGCAAUCACACACGCAUCCAUACACAGAAGAAAAAGUAUGCAUGUCUCACGUGUGGAAAGGCCUUCCGCCUCGCCAGUAUCCUGCACAACCACCAGAGGAUCCACAACCGGGUGGCGAGUCACUUCAGCUGUCCUGCAUGUGGAAAGAGCUUCCAGGGCAGGUCUGGCCUAAAGAGGCACCGCUGCCGCAGAGGUCAGGAGAACUCCCCGAGAGCUGGAGUCCAGCAGUCAGAGAGGGGAGACAAGUGCUUCAUGUGUGACCUGUGUGGGCGCUCCUACCGCCACGCUGGCUCUCUCCUCAACCAUAAAAAGACACACUCCGAAAACCUCCACCACUGUACCUUGUGUCUCCAGACAUUUCCUGACCCUCUCACUCUACAGAUACACUCCCAGAUGAGGCGUCACUGCUGCCCCGAGUGCGGCAAGACCUUCUGUCUGGUCGCACACCUACAGAGCCACAUGGAGGUGCACGCUAAGGACCGGUCUGUGGUCUGCAACCCCUGCCAGCAGAGCUUUCCCAACACAGCCAGCUACCAGCAGCACCAGGACAUGCACCACAGGGCUCAGGACCCCUAUCAACAAGGCGUGGAUGAACCUGUAAAUAGCAACAUCUGCUGGGACUCGGGAAUAAAUCGGACCUUAGUGAUGGACGGGGUGCACAAGCAGGUUCCACCACCUUUGUCCCAUAUUCCAGGAAGCAUCACUCAUUCACAGAAGAGUAACGAGUCUGCUGGUACAGAGGAGAAGAGCCAUGUGUGCGAGCACUGCGGGCGCACUUACCGCCACGCCGGCUCCCUCCUCAACCACAAGAACAGCCACAAGACGGGCUCCUUCUUCUGCUCCAUCUGCCAGAAGGAGUUUACCAACCUUAUGGCUCUCAAGAACCACCGACGCAUUCAUACGGAGCCCAAGCGCUACCAAUGUCUUGAGUGCGGGAAGGCGUUCCGCGUGUCCACUCAGCUCAUAUGCCACCGACGAAUCCACACCAAAGAGAAGCCUUUUGCCUGCCUUCUGUGCGACAAGAGCUUUUCCAGCAAGUCCAACCUGCGGCACCAUCAGAAGAUGCACCAGAACACCCAGGCCUACGACUCCUCUUUUAGCAUGGAUGCUAACGCGUUUAUGGACUUGGACAUGGGGUCUUUCCUUUGAAGUCAGAUUCCGGAGCGUACAAGAGAAGAGGACAGCCGGUCCUCGGUUAUUCAUCCCUCUAUCAAUAAUUGUAAAACAGUAUUUAUUUUUUUUCAGAAAGUGCCACUUGGUCCUGACAAAAUCUCCUUUUGAAGACCUGCACAUUUCAUUACUGACUUCCUGUCUUACCUUCACAACAGAUGGUGACAUCACUCAAAAGUCGCCAAAGGGUUUAUGGGUCAGGUUUUUAAUAAGGCCUGAAUGUUUUCCAUGAAUACACAGGAUCCCACAAUACAGGGCGGCUGAUAAUAUUAGUCGCAGCUUAUUCCUCAAUGACAAACCAACCAACCAAAGUGAACAGUGCAGCCCAGGUCCAUGUUAAGGACAUUAACACUGAUAACAUGUUUUUAUUUUAUUUUUUAACACAGUACUGUUAUAAUAGUUAUUUCUCCUCUUAUGCUAUGUUUAAUUUUGUUCAGUGCCUCUGUAAGUUCCUUAGGAAACAAAAUAUACGAACUAUAUUUAUCUCUGAAUCCUUUCGUCAACUUUGCCGUCAGCGUCAAAGGACUGCUCACUUUCCUUUUGGAUCUCACAUAGGGCAAGCCUGUUGUUAUUAAGUCAAAUACCUCUGGGUGUGUCCAAAGGUCAGUGGCAAAGUGAUUUACUGAAAUCAUAUUAUCAAGUUAAUAGUCGUACUGCUAAUAAUAACCACGUCGAGUGACAUUGUAUGCUAAAAAUGGAUGUAUUUAAUAAUUUAUUCCUGUUAUUUUAUGUGCAUAUUUUAGUAGAAAAGCUUUUUAUGAAUGUUAAAAAAAAAGUCUUCUAAAACUCAUGUAGCCUUUUAAGGAACGCCAUCAGUCGAUUUGUAUUUACUUUUUUGGUUCUCCGUUACAACAGUCAGGAAUGAAUGAGCCGAGCAUUACUGGCAGCACUCAGGGUAAACCUUCAAAAGGAGCAUACCUGAUGUGGACAACAUUGUAGAUAAUCCGUUUCUGAUCUUAGCAUUUUCUUUUAAAAUUGUGCCAUUUCAACACUAAUAAUUUAGCUUAUGUAAUGGUUGUCAAAGUCACUUCAACAGUUAGCUGCAGCGCCACAUGCAGUGCAUGCUGUUGAAUUAUCAUCCAUCUUAAAAUCUUUGAGCAUCAGUUAUGUUGAAGUGCCAGUGCCUAAAAUGUAAGUCAAUUGUAGCAUUUUAAUGUGAACAAAACUCCUCUCUCACUGUACUUGUUAUAUAAUGUAAACCACAAAGUAGAUUUUAUAUUGCCCGUUAUAUAAUUAGAUUUUUUUUAAAUUUAAAUCUAUCUUCUGAUUUCUGAACCUCUUCAACCGCCAACCAUUAAAAUGUCUUAAAGCAGUCGGUAACCGAAGUAUUGAAACAGUGAAGUGAAAGUGGUUCCUUUUUGUCUCCAUGAAUUUUCUUCCCUCACAAAGGCUUUUAUUACAAUCACAUAUAGUGACUGUAUUUUUAAAAGAAAUUCUGCUAAGCACAAGUAUUACUACAAACAUACCAGGGCUUUAUGGAUUAACAAGGACAAACCAGUUUCAUCUUCACUGUCCUGUUCAUGAACCACUUUACGCUCUGUGAAAAAUGUGCAAUUAUUGAUUCUCUGGGUUAUUUUUUUGCCAAGUUGUCUAAUGUGCCUGCUGUUCCUUAAGUAGUUUCUUAUCAGAAAUCUAGCUUAAGAGAACACAUGGCCAUUGUUUUUAUAAUAUAGUCUGAAAUUAGAUUUUCUUUAUGCCUUAUACAUUACAUUUCAUGUAUGUUUGGCACUGUUCAGAAGUAUGAAAUACCUCAUGGAAAGCCCUGCCUACCUAGCAACUGCUACUUGCCUCAUGCAGCUUAAUUGUAGAUAAUACACUGUAAUGAUAGAGAUAGUUAUCAGUUCAAAUGGAAUGGAUGAAGCAUCAAUUUUAAGGUUUUAGUUUUUAGUUUGCAGAAGCUGUUUUCUCCAGAAAAUGGUUGUUUCUCUGCAGUUUCUCUUUUCAGAGUUAUAUUUGCACGUUUGUAGAUGUGACACUUGUAGCCUAAGGAGGACAGGAAGUCUAUAACUGGCCUGUUGUCAUCUGUCGGGGUUCCAACAGGCAAAGAGUCGACUGUUCAAUAGUUCACCUCAGCUAGUUUGCGGGUCGUAAUAUUUAAGCAAUAUGCUGAAAGUAUUUUCAGUGCAUGAACAAGUACAUCUCGUUUGUUUUUGUCUUACCAUUGUAUCGAGUGCAGUGCAGCAGUUUCAGUAUACUGACACUAGCCUUGACAGACCAUGGCAACUUGCCAUUUUCUGACAUGAUAUAAAAUCUGUAUUGUGUAUUAAUUGUAACGAUUUAGAUUAUCUUACUGUAACAUUUGUAUGCCACGGUAGCCUACACGUAACGACACAUGCACAUUUGAGUUUAAACUGUCUUAUUUUACAAUGUUCUCCAUCUAAUCUCCCUGUGGCACUUAACAUGUUCACUCCUCUGUCAUUGAUCACAAUCACAGCCUGGUAUUUGUGGCUUGUGUUAAUCUCAGAGCUCUUUCUGUAAAUAUUUGAAGGAAAAUAUUGGUUGGAUCUAUGUACAUUCAGAUUUUCCUCAGCAGGAGAAAACUGCUAGAUUAGCUAUCGUGUAAUAAAAAAGCAUAUAAAACA